UUACACUUUCGUUUUCGUUGCGCCAACGUUAGUUUUUUCUCCCUUUUUUAUUUUAUAGUUAUUGCUUCGAGUUUUCGUUGUUUUAAAACUUACCGCAACCAUGAGUAUUACUCCACUGGCCCCUUUUAUGCAAGCAUCGCAAAGUACAGGAAACUCCAAAGAUUCCGAGCAGCCAAGAUCAAGGAUCAGUUCGACUGUCUCGAUUGGUAAUGAAAUCUUAAUAAAGAAAAAGACUGAAGUGACAAAGAAGGUUAGCAAAGUGGCUAGGCAUAUCAGGACCCCAAAAAAGAAAGCGCUACCAGUGAAAGCCACCACGAGUACAAUCCUGAAAGAGGAGAAGUUCAGGGCAUCCUCUAGAGAAGCAUCACGGGGAUCGAGCGAAAAAUUCACUUUCCAUGAUCGCCUCUCUAGGACUAUGUUUUUGGAUUCUAGCUCGGAUCGGGCGAGCUUAAAUUCUAUGUCGUCAACCACAUCGGCUUCACCCAGCAUAUUCUCAAGAAGAUCCAGCAGGAGAACUAAGAAAAGAGAGUCAUUGAUAAGUACGGCAGGCGAUUCUCGGGAUCGCCCUUACAUACAUCUUUUAAGAGCUACGAAGCCAAAUGAAGUAGAGCAAGGAAAUAAAGUGCAGGCAGACAGCAAAGAGACAUCAGAAACAGAUAUAGAACAGUUACAAAGCCUCAAAUCAUCAGAUACUAACUCAAUAGAAAUAAAUAGUUUAUCGGAUGACUCAAAAAAAGUCGCAACUAGUCUCUUAACAGUUUUCGAGUCCGACCAAGAGUCUUCUGUAACUGAAAUGGACUCUCGAGUGGAGGAACCAGAUCACGAUGACCAGGCCCGGAGAAUUAGUUUUCUGAGUGCAUUUAAUAAGAUACCUGAUAUAGACACACUGUCAGCCACGACCAGUUCGGAUAUUAUAUAUAUAAAUCCCGAAGAGGAGAAAGUAUUCGUGGCAGCUGUGGAUGAAGGUAGCCAAGGGCCGAGUAAAUCGCAAUCUUCAACGGAUUUCUACGAGGAGAACGGGAACAGCGACAAUCUAGAACUGAAAACAAUCAGCUCAGGAUUUAGUUUCGCUACUCCAAUCGAAAGCGAUGGGGAAAUCGUAAAGGAUGAUGUGCCAGAAGAAGCGAGCAGUGAGGACAUUCUUGAAUGUUUGUUAAGUAUCAGACCCCGGGUAACGGUCUUUGAUGAAAUCUUAGGGAUUACGAAAUAUCAAGCCCAUUUGGCCAGCAGCGAGGUGGUUGAGCAAUUCCUCGAUGGUUUACUGAAUGAAGCAGUGCAGUUUGCGGAAGGAACUGCAGUUCGACGGGCGCGACUAUUGGAUAAAAAGAAAAUGCUGUUGGAACUGCAUCAAAUGGCCAUCGUCUACCAAUACGAAAAACAGCAAAAUCAGUUUCUCGAAAAGCUCACUACGGAAUAUUAUGUGCGCCACAAGGAGUUCGUCCAAGUGAGCGAGCCGAGGCAAGUCGAUACCAUUAAUCGCGAAAGGUAUAUGACUGCCCUGAUGCAAUUGGAUACUCGAUUGGAGGAAAAAAGCGAGACUGAAAUGGUGUCCUUAAAACGAAUUUGUGAUUUAAAGAAGGAAGAGUCGCUCGUUCGCAAGCUGGAUGCCGAGAAAAUCAGCCAUUUCGAGGAUAAAGUCCGGAAAACUCUUUGCAAGGAAGGCUGCGGUCACCUAAGGACCGUCGUCGAUGAUCUCCUUCGAAAAAUGAACAAAGUCCGUGCCGAAAUGUCCCACGCUCGUGAGGAGUUGAUCUCCGUUCAGCAUCGAUUGCAUUCCAUCAAAACUAAAUCGGAGAAAAUGGAAAAUCUGGGCAAUGGCCUGCAACUUGUGGAAUAUAUAUCCAAUCAAGCACACAAUAACGCGCUGGGAAUCAAGAUUGAAGAGAAGGACUUGGAGCUGAAGCGACUGCGCGAUCGCACCGUUCACUCAAUCCAUGCGAUGGCCCAUUUGACGAACAAGAAGCAAACGAACAAGGAGCUGCUGGAGGACAUGAAGUCCCGACUGCGAACGCAGGAGCAGCGGCGAAAGGACCUCCGGGAUCGUCUUCAUGCGGAAAUGGUCCAGCACAAGCGACUGAAGAAGCAAACCAAGAAGCUGAAAACUGCCGGCUGUCUGAUGCACUAUCCCGACAUGUUGCGGGACUAUGAUGCCACCGUGACGCUCCUGGAAGCGAAGCGAGUUGUGGUCGGAAAGCUCCGCCAGGAACGCAGUCGCCUGGAGCAGAGGAACUCAGAGUUGGAGGUCAUCGUCGAUCGUUCGAAUGCAUCGCUCAGGACUAAUCUGAGCUCACUUAGACGGAGUUAGGCUUUUCAAUGGCGGAAAGUUUUUCAAAGUUUCUAAGGGAGAAUACGGUCUUAAUAAAUAUCUUUAAAGGUUUUAAUUUAGAAUGUAGUAAAAAAUAAUGAU